AUGUUCAAGGCAUAUCUAGUCCUGCUAUCAGCCUCAUUGGCACUGGCACUGCCUACUGGUUCGAGCUGUGCGAAUGACCCCAAGGCUCCAGCUCUCCCCCAAACUGGUGGUCCCAGCAACCUUCCACAGCCCCCCGAGGGGUCCAAGCUCCUCCACAUCGCCCUGGGCUUUGGUAUACAGAAUUAUACGUGCGCCAGCGUUGGCGCGAGCCCCGCGGCUACUGGCGCUCUCGCCAUGCUCUACGAUAUAACCAGCUUAUACCCCGGUCAAAGCAGUCAGUCUCUUUCGCGAGAGGAUUGGGACGGCCUUACUUCCCGCGUUCUGCGGACACAUGAGGUUCCCUUGAACUUCAACUCCUCUACGGAGGGACGAGUCGACCCUGAAUCUCCUGGCGCCUCUCAAACCAAUCCGUUCCCCGAAGAUGCCCCCCUCGACCUCGACUGUUUGGAACUGGACUUUCUGGGACACCACCUUUUCAACAGCGCCGGCGUCCCCGAGUUCAUAUUGGACAGUGGCAAGAUCAACGUGCUUGCUGGAAAGAACGCAGCGGUGGAUGCUCCCGCCAAUGCGGACAAGGGACCAGACGGCACCGGCGCCGUUGCAUGGCUCCAACUCGGCGCAAAAGAGGGCACCGUGGGCGACGCAAAGUUGGUCUACCGGGUCGCAACAGCCGGAGUCGACCCUGAAUCUCCUGGCGCCUCUCAAACCAAUCCGUUCCCCGAAGAUGCCCCCCUCGACCUCGACUGUUUGGAACUGGACUUUCUGGGACACCACCUUUUCAACAGCGCCGGCGUCCCCGAGUUCAUAUUGGACAGUGGCAAGAUCAACGUGCUUGCUGGAAAGAACGCAGCGGUGGAUGCUCCCGCCAAUGCGGACAAGGGACCAGACGGCACCGGCGCCGUUGCAUGGCUCCAACUCGGCGCAAAAGAGGGCACCGUGGGCGACGCAAAGUUGGUCUCCGGGGUAAAAAAAGCCGGAGGUAACAGCCACGGCUGUGAAAAGGCUGCCGGCCAAGACAGCACCAAGUACACUGCCAUGUACUGGUUCUAUGCAUAG